AGCCAUCCGACAAACAUCAUAUAAGUGAGGUAUCAUAGAAUACAUGUCUUCAGGUUUGUUCUGACCACAUGACAUGCAUACACACAAAUGUGUACUUUCAUGCUCUGCCAUACCUCUAAUCUGCUCUUUGUCCCCUUUGUCCAAAUGUGCCCCCUUCGGCUUCUGGUGAGAACAAGAUCGAGGUUACCAUGUUUCUCGAAGCGCAAGCACUCUCCGAAACAAAUACUCCCGUGUACCUCAUGGGCGGCUCCGGCUAAGCGAGCCAAGAUGCUCUGUCAAGUGGCACAAGCUCUAAUAACCCAGCUCAGCAUACACCAUCAUUUUUCAACAGCAUGUCUUGCACGCUUACCUCUACUGAGACAACUCUGGAAGAAGUCAGUCUCGCAUAUGACAGUACUUGCCCAAACACAGCCAGCACUGCGUUCCUCGAAGCGAAUCCCCGGACGACCUGUAUCAGUAGCCGUAGAUCUCGCACCACACCGCGACGAGCCCAGCUGCUCCCUGUCAGUCUAGCCAGUGGGCCUCUAACACUACAAGUACUGCAUGUACCGCCGCAAGUACCGCUACAGCAGCACGUCAGUGGAGAAAGCGACGAUUCAACACCUGCAGCCCCUGCAAGUAGCUCGAGGACCAGCGGGACCACGCUCAUUAUUACAGAACCAAGACCUCACGUGCAGGUUGAACAACAGCAACAACAACAACAACCACAACAACUAGUCAUACCGGUACGCUGUCCCUGUCGCAGCAGCACCUGCACCUCACGAACCAGACCUGGACUGUUCUCCAAAUUCAACUACUACCAAUUCGACGGGCGGCACGGCAGCCACGAGCCCGCACAACGCCUAUCGUCGUCCUCUCCAACAUCCUCCUCCUCCCCUCCAUCUCCGCCCGCCGACAAUAUGUCGUCAUCCACGGCCUCCUCGCCGCCCUGGGACUACAUCGCCAAGCUAGUAUGCAUCGGCGACUCAGGCUGUGGAAAGUCCUCUCUGACCAUCCGGCUGUGCGAGGGCCGCUUCAGCCCGCAGCACGACGUGACCAUCGGCGUAGAAUUCGGCUCGCGGAUCGUGCCCGUGGGACCACCACACUCCAAGACGCUCGGCACAUCGAAGGGCUCGUCAAAUAGCGAAGGCGGCGGCGGACUGCCCGACCCCCCACGAUCAGACGCGCAGCAGAAGCACAUGAAGCUGUCGUUAUGGGACACGGCGGGCCAGGAGACGUACAAAUCGGUGACGCGGUCCUACUUCCGGGGCGCCUCGGGGGCCCUGCUUGUGUUCGACAUAUCGCGGAAGCAGACGUUUGCGCAUGUGACGGACUGGCUGAACGACCUGCGGCAGAUCGCCGAGCCCGACAUCGUCGUGAUCCUGGUUGGCAACAAGGCGGACCUGGCCGCGGGCGAGGAGAACAAGCGCGAGGUCACCGUCGCCGAGGCCGAGGAGUGGGCCCGCCACAACGGCGUGCUCCAGUACGUCGAGACCUCGGCCAAGAGCGGCGAGGGCGUCGAGCUCGCCUUCAUGAAGGUCGCCGAGCGCAUAUUCGAUAACAUCAACGCCGGCAAGUACGACCUCAACGACCGGCGGAGCGGCGUCAAGGGCCCCACGCCCGGCAUGAGCGGACGGGGCGCACAGGUCAAGCUGGGAGACCAAAGUAAGGGCUCGGGCGGAUGUUGUUAAGGCGAGGAGAAGGGUUUCCUACAAAAGACGAGAGAGAUGGCGGAACUUUGUUUUCCUUUGCUCCUCACGAAAGCAUUCCGAGCAAUAUACAGAAGUCGAGAUUCCUGUCCGGCCUGUCUACCUUUCCCGUAUGGGAGAAACUGGAGAGCCCAGUGGGCCUUUCCAUGAUUCCUGUGUAAUUACCUAAUCUAGAUACAUGCAUCCGAUGAUACCCUAAGAAAUAAUGUCUACUACGGAGCAUCAUGUUAUACCUAAUCUGUACCAAUGAAUGAAAAAGAAAUAUCAUGGCAAA